AUGAGCUGCCCGCUCCGCGCUGCCCCAGCCGCCGCGCUGGGCUUGCUGCUGCUGCUGCUCGGCCGCCUGGCGGGGCGCUCGGCCGCCGGAGGCCCCGGCUCCCCCUGGUGCCCGGCUCCGUGCCGCUGCUUCGGGGACCUGCUGGACUGCAGCCGCCUGAAGCUGAGCCGGGUGCCCGAGCGGCUCCCGAAAGGGGUGGUGCAGCUGGACUUAAGUCACAACAGAUUAUCUUCAAUCAAGGCCAGUUCCUUGAGUCACCUUCAUAGUCUUCGAGAAAUAAAACUGAACAAUAAUGAAUUGGAGACCAUACCUAAUCUGGGACCAGUCUCUGCAAAUAUUACUCUUCUGUCCUUGACCAGUAACAAGAUUGGGGGCAUCUUGCCUGAACAUCUGAAACCAUUUCAGUCUCUAGAGACUUUGGACCUGAGCAACAAUAAUAUUUCAGAGUUGAAAACUGCAUCAUUUCCUUCUUUGCAGCUCAAGUAUCUGUACAUUAACAGUAAUCGAAUAACCUCCAUGGAGCCAGGUGCCUUUGACAGUUUGUCUAGCACACUUCAAGUAUUGAAACUGAACAGAAACAAAAUUUCAGCCAUCCCUCAAAAGAUGUUUAAACUGUCCCAUCUGCAGCACCUGGAGCUGAAUCGCAACAAAAUAAAAAAAAUAGAUGGGCUUACUUUCCAAGGACUUACUGCUUUGAAAUCACUAAAAAUGCAACGAAAUGGAGUAAAUAGACUCAUGGAUGGAGCUUUCUGGGGACUAACCAACAUGGAAGUCUUGCAGCUGGACCAUAACAACCUAACAGAGAUUACCAAAGGCUGGCUUUAUGGCUUGCUGAUGUUGCAGCAGCUCCAUCUCAGCCAAAACGCCAUCAGCAGGAUCAGCCCCGAUGCCUGGGAAUUUUGCCAGAAACUCAGCGAGCUAGAUUUAACAUUUAAUCACUUAGCAAGAUUGGAUGAUUCAAGCUUCGUUGGUUUAAGCCUACUAGUUGGACUGUAUAUUGGGAACAACAAAGUAAACUACAUUGCUGAUUGUGCCUUCCGGGGACUUUCCAGUUUAAAGACUUUGGAUCUGAAGAACAAUGAAAUCUCAUGGACUAUUGAAGAUAUGAAUGGUGCAUUCUCUGGACUUGACAAACUUAGAAUGCUGAUACUCCAAGGAAACAGGAUUAGGUCCAUUACAAAGAAAGCAUUUUCUGGUUUGGAUGCACUUGAACACCUAGAUCUAAGUAACAAUGCAAUCAUGUCAGUGCAAGGAAAUGCAUUUUCACAAAUGAAGAAACUUGAAGAAUUGCACUUAAAUACAUCAAGUCUUUUGUGUGACUGCCAGCUAAAAUGGCUACCACAGUGGGUAUCAGAAAACAACUUUCAGAACUUUGUGAAUGCCAGUUGUGCCCAUCCUCCGCUGCUAAAAGGCAGAAGUAUCUUUGCUGUUAGCCCAGAUGAGUUUGUGUGUGAUGAUUUUCCUAAACCACAGAUCACUGUCCAGCCAGAAACCCAGUCAGCAAUCAAAGGCUCCAAUUUGAGUUUUAUAUGUUCAGCAGCCAGCAGCAGUGACUCCCCUAUGACGUUUGCAUGGAAAAAGGACAAUGAAUUACUGCAUGAUGCUGAAAUGGAGAAUUAUGCACAUCUCCGGGCACAGGGUGGUGAAGUGAUGGAAUACACUACCAUACUUCGGCUACGCAAUGUUGAAUUCAGCAAUGAAGGAAAAUACCAGUGUGUUAUUUCAAAUCACUUUGGUUCAUCCUACUCUGUCAAAGCCAAACUUACAGUUAACAUGCUGCCUUCAUUUACAAAGAUGCCCAUGGACCUAACCAUUCGUGCUGGGGCAACGGCACGAUUAGAAUGUGCUGCAGUUGGUCAUCCAGUACCGCAGAUUGCUUGGCAGAAAGAUGGUGGCACAGAUUUUCCUGCAGCACGCAAGAGACGUAUGCAUGUCAUGCCCGAGGAUGAUGUAUUCUUUAUUGUUGAUGUAAAAAUUGAGGACACUGGAGUUUAUAGCUGUACAGCUCAAAACACUGCUGGGAGCAUUUCAGCUAAUGCAACACUGACAGUACUAGAAACACCAUCAUUUUUGCGGCCCUUGCUAGACCGAACAGUAACGAAAGGUGAAACUGCAGUCUUGCAAUGCAUUGCUGGUGGUAGCCCUCCGCCUCGGUUGAACUGGACUAAGGAUGACAGCCCGUUGGUGGUAACAGAAAGGCACUUCUUCGCUGCAGGCAACCAGUUACUGAUUAUUGUGGACACAGACAUUGAAGAUGCUGGGAAAUACACUUGUGAAAUGUCUAAUACGCUUGGAACAGAGAGAGGCAACAUUCGUCUAAAUGUAAUUCCCACUCCCACCUGUGAUUCGCCUCAAAACAUUGCUCCAUCAUUGGAUGAUGAUGGAUGGGCCACAGUUGGCGUAGUGAUCAUAGCAGUGGUUUGCUGUGUGGUGGGCACUUCCCUUGUGUGGGUGGUCAUCAUAUACCACACAAGGAGAAGAAAUGAAGAUUGCAGCAUCACAAAUACAGAUGAGACAAACUUGCCUGCUGACAUUCCAAGUUACCUGUCAUCCCAGGGAACAUUAGCUGAAAGGCAGGAUGGGUCAUCAGAAAAUGGAAGUCAUCAUCAGUUCAUAACUUCUUCAAUGGGGGGAUAUUUUUUACAGCAGAGAGAUAGUAAUGGCAUUUGUCAUCUAGAUAAUGGCAGUGAAACAGACCUGGAGGUUGUUACAGAUCCAUUCUUAUGCCACUAUCUGGGGACUUCAGGGACUGUAUAUUUAAAAGGGAAUGCUUAUGGCUCUGACGCUUUUGAAGCAUACCAUACAAGCUGCAGCCCUGACCAAAGAACAGUGUGCAUGGACCCAUGUGACUCUAGUUACUUAAAGAAAAAGGAAUGCUAUCCAUAUUCACCUGGAACAUUAUCACAUUCACCAGAAGAUCCCUUUGACCAGUAUGUUGGCAGCAUUGGAAUGCAGGCUACAAGUAGCAAAUUGCUUAACUCUACUUACACGCCAAAUGAAGGAAUUGGAGUGAAAAGCUUGAGUCUAAACUCAGACAUCUUUGAUUUGAACAGAAAUCAGGAAUCAUCCUCUAUUACCACUAGUAGCACUUUCAUGGGAACAUUUGGAAAGUCUCUAUGGAGGCCUCAACUGGACUCUUUUUCGAGCUGUAGGCUGCCAGCAAGUUGUCAACCAAAAACCUUCCAUAAUAAUAAUUCUCAAGCCUCUUUGGACUUUGAUUCAGAGGCAGAGGAAGAUAGAAAGGACAGGACGGUUUCUCAUGAGGAAAACAGCAUUUGUACUUACAAACAGGCCUUUGAAAACUUUAGGACUCCUACUUUCCAGUCUUACGACCUGAACACAUAGCUGCUUUUGGAAUGGCCGUUGAUUGAUGGAACCAAAGAAAUAUUUUUGACAUACUACCUCAAUGUGGAGCUUUAUUUAAAAGGGGCGGGGGGGGGGGAAUCCAUGUUUUUAAUGGAGCUAUGAAAUCAGAAAGAAUGGAUACAUUUUUAUACAGAUAAAACAUAAUUGCCAAAGUGUUAUAAAAUUUUAUACAGGGAACACAUUCCUUAGAGAAGUACUAUAUUUCUAAUUAUUUUAUAGCUUUGUUUUAUGCAAAUGGUAUCUCCUGUAAAUUAAUGAUGUAAAUAAUACUAUGUAUAUUUCCUGUCAGACUUCAUUUUAUUGAAAUGAGUACUAAAGCAUCCUAAACUUGUACCAAUAUCUGUACCUUUUUAUGAAUGGACGUUCCAUGCUGUUUGCAGGUACCAUGCAUCUUAUUUGCACAUCACUUUUAAUAAAAUAUGCUGCCUUGUGGUCUUGAGACACAGUAGAGUAUGAAGAAUGCAAGGUGGAGGUAUGUUGAUAGAAAUUGAAAAUG